CCCUUCCUUCCUGACUUGCCCAGCCUGCCCCCGGUACCAUGGCGUCCAGCGAGGAGGACGGCUCGGUGGAGGAGAAGGAAAACAACAACAAGAGAAGAACCAAAAGCGCCCUCGCCACCGCAUGGCUCACCUUCUACAACAUCGCUAUGACCGCCGGGUGGCUGGUUUUGGCGAUGGCGAUGAUGCGCUUCUACAUCCAGAAAGGCACACGCAAGGGUCUGUACAGAAGUAUAGCAAGGACGCUCAAGUUUUUCCAGACCUUUGCAUUAGUUGAGGUGGGACAUUGUGCCAUCGGGAUUGUGAGGACUUCUGUGAUUGUAACCGGGGUGCAAGUGUCUUCACGGAUUUUCAUAGUUUGGUUCAUCACCAACAGCAUCAGACAGAUCCAGAAUGAAGAAAGCGUAAUCCUAUUCCUGGUCGUGUGGACGAUGACAGAGAUUACCAGAUAUUCCUACUACACAUUCAACCUGCUCCACCACCUGCCGUACUUCAUCAAAUGGGCCAGAUACAACCUCUUCAUCGUCUUGUACCCCCUGGGAGUUUUCGGAGAACUGCUGACCAUUUACGCCGGUCUGCCAUUCGUACGCAGAUCUGGAAUGUACUCAAUGAGGCUCCCCAACAAGUAUAACGUGUCGUUCGACUACUACUACUGCCUCAUCAUCUUCAUGUUGUCCUACAUCCCACUGUUUCCUCAGCUCUACUUCCACAUGCUGCGGCAGAGGAGAAGGGUGCUUCACGGGGAGGUCAUAGUGGAGAAGGACGACUAGACGAGCCACCACCUCAUGCCUUCGUUUGAGCCAGCCCGCUUCCACCAUCACCCUCACCCUCACCUCCCCCUCUUCAUCGCCACCUCAUCUUUAGCACCAUCGACCGUUACAUUCUUCAUCGCACGGGACCGGAAGAGACAACCUGUCUGACGAGAGCGAUAACAGGAAGAAAGGAGUUCACCAGUACUGAGCAAUAAUAACUGAUCCUAAGUCUUCACAGGAUUAAUUCCUAUCUGAAUGGUAAUAUUGGAAACAUGUUUACAAUCCCAGUGUUGCUGGAGCUCGAGACAGAAGCCUGACGUUGUGUCUCAGCAUCCUUUAUUCGCCUUACUGCACCUUGUUGCACAUGAGCCACAGCAGCCACAACACCUGUCUGAAGGAGAAAAAGGUAAAUGAGAGGCUUCCAGGGAAAUGUGAAAUGAAACAUGGGAGGAAGAUUGUAAGUAGCGUCUCCUGAGUUCAUCCCCAAAGCGACCCAAAUUGGCAGAUUUUUUAAGUGUAUUCCACCAGUGAUUUUAUACAGAAGUAGCGUGGCUGUACAAACUAAAAGAGAAAAUAUUCAUAGCUCUAUCAUACCUCAACAAUAAAUCCACAUUUAGACAAUAUGCUGCUUCUUUUGUGUACGUUUGUAAAUGAUGCAAUGUGAAAUGAGCGGUUGAUAGUAAGCAUAUUUCUUAAAGAUAAUGUAUUCACAUACUGUUAUCACUUAGAGCAAGCACAGCUCAAACUUAACAUUUUGUCCGCUUGGCUCCUGCAUUCUUCUACGUUGCUUUGAUGUUUACUUUGUCAAAUUAAUUUACAAGAGUGCAUCUUAAAAAUUUGAGUCUUCAAAGAGUAGCAGCUUUUUCUACAGGCCGCCGUAGGUGAGACUACAAUUCAGAUUAUUUGUGAGCACUCGCAGUCUUCAGUCGCUGUUGUGUUUUAUAACAUAAAGAAUCCCGUGUUGAUAGAAAGGUAGUUGUAUUCCCUCCUACUAAAAGGUGCUAUUGUAAGAUCAUUUCAAUCUUCUGUGCAGCUGAAGGAGUGACUGUGUCUGGAGUUGACCUGAAGUAGGAAAACAGGAUGUGAAAUGAUUGAGAGGAAAUGUUGCAUAGAAGAAAAUCAACAUUUUUGUUGAUUAUAAUCUGGGUUAGAGAGGAGAGAAACAAUAAAAGUCACAAAAUUCACUGGAAAAAGUUAUUUUUCAAGAGCAAAACAAUAGAAAUGUGAAAAUACCUUUUUGUGCAAAAUCAAUAAACUAAAUUCUACAA